CAGGCCAGGCCACUGAUGUCACUGGUGCCAGGACAGCAUUGUUCUCCCUCCCACACCCACCUUCACCUUACAAGCCCCAUCACCAUGGGAACUGAGCCAGCCACUCAGAACACAGAGUUUUCAAAAGGCAGCCUUAUAUACGGAGUCACCUCUCCCCACAGAGGUCACAGCCAACAUUCAGAGGCCUCCCAGGGCCCCCUCUCCCUGGAUAAACCACUUCAGCUGCCCCCCAUUUUUCUCGAGGGAGAAAAAGGGGAAUCCUCUGUCCAGAAUGAGCAGGAAGGAGAGCCAAGCCUACAGUCACCCAGCUUAGAGCUCCAGUCCCCUGCGUGGCCACGCCAUGCAGGAGCGGCUCAGGAGCCCCUGAAAGUGUCCAGCAGCUACCUCAGUGACACCCAGAGCAGCGAGAGUCAUGUUUCCAGCAUGCAGCACCCCAGGCCAGAGGAGGGCAGCCAUGCCAGCCUGAGCAGCGGGUACGCAGGGGACAAGGAGGGCAGCGACAUCAGCUUGGUGGGCAGCCACCGGAGAGUGCGGCUGAACAGAAGGCUCAACACCCAGGCAGCCAGUAACCAAACCAGCCAGCUGGGCUCCACAGACCCUCCUAGCUCUCUAAAGAGCCGGCUGACUGGCCCCGCCCACAGCACCAAGCAGACUGGAGGGAAAGAGUGAGGCCAGCCUGCCGGGCAGCGGCAGCAGCAGCCCGUCCAGCGCCAGCUUCAUCAGCUUGGGCAGCAGUGCCCUCACCUAACAGGUGAGCAGCGGGCUGCUGAUUUCCACAGCCAGCCUUCCCUCCACCCAGGCCAGCAGCCAUCAGAGCGUCGGGCUGGACGGCAGUGCCCAAAACAGGCAGAGCAGCCACACCAGUGUGCAGGAGGACAAGACGGGCGGCAUCGUGAAAACCAGUGAGCAGGUCACCACAGGGGAGCAGCCUGCCCAGGUGUGCAUGCCUUUGUGAGAAUCCUCUCCAGCAGCCAGAGUCUCUCAGAAAACAGCACACAGGCCCAGCAAACACAGGCUGCACCCAGAAUGGAUAUUCCCAAAACAAGUAGGAAAGGUGUUUUCAAAAGCACACACUGACUGUGUCGACCAUCAGUAGGUAAUCCCAUUUGUAGCAACAAGCAUCAGUGGGCAGGCCACAUGUAGCAGGAAGGAUCUAUGCUGAGCACCGCCUAUCCUGAGAACACAGUCAGUGAGGAGACUGUCUAUACUGAGAACCACUGUUGCUAGGAAGAGCUGUAGUAUCAAGAUUCACCAAUGCUGAGUCCACCUGUGUCAAAACAGCGAAGAGUAAUGAUAUCAAGACUGUGAACUUCAGUGACAAGCCAUCUAUAACAAGAUCCAUCAAUGGCAAAACCAUCUGUAGUCAGCAGCAUCCUGGUGGGACCCCCUGUACCAAAACUCAUCACUGGCGACAGAUGUUCUCGAUGGCAAACGCUGACGAUAUUAAGAACUGUCACGAGUUAGAACCUUCCAUGAUGAAACCAUCCUAAAUGAUGAAUGCCAUCUGUAACCAACACCAGCCACGAUGAGCUCAGAAGAAACAAGCUGCAACCGUGGUUGGGACUGUCCAUAUCAAGAACCAUCUGCAGCGAGGGCCAUGCAUGGAGAGCCACAUCCACAGGAAACUUGGUUCUGGCCAAGCAGCACCACACUCUGUCCACCAUUGUCACUGCCUGCAGAAGCACUAGCAAGACAGCCACGGUGCACACGGAGCACCUUCACGACUCUCAGCUCCCCCAAGGAGCCCAGACUAAGUGACUGUCACCAGAGAAGGAUCAUCAGGAGCGGCCAGGGAUGCCCCCGGCACACAGGGACUAGGUCUAGCGAGAACAUUAGAGGGCGGUGUAAAGGGAGCCCCAUGCCUGGGCACCUGUAAUCCCAACUACUUGGGAGGCACCAUCCCAGAGAGCUCCAAGCGUCCUUUUUUUUUUUUUUUCCUUUGAGCGCUGUCUCUGGACAUCUUCAGCCCAGAAUCUUCUCAGGAGCAAAGGCUUCCUGAUGCCUCAUUCAUGUCAAGAAAGGAGGCCAGGAGCCAUCCUGUGUUCAGAUGGCUGAGACAGUGACUACGAUGGCAGGACAAUGCCGUGAGAAGCACUUCAUGGUGACAGAGCCCAACCCAGCCAGGAACGGCUGCGAUGGGGAAGCUCUGGAGCAUUUUGUGAGCACCGUCUCGGUGGAUGGGAAAGCCGAAGUCUCUGCCCAUCUCUUACUGGAGGCACUAAACACCCUCCCUGGGUUGACCUCACAGACAUUGAAGUGAGUCUGCCCACAAAGGAAAAGAGGCCAGAGACUGUCGUGAAGACAUCCACUAGGUACCAGAAGGAAAGCUGAGGGGGCAGCAAAGACAAUAAAAGGUGUCUGGAGAAGUCA